AUGGCCAUCAAAUUGGGAAUUCUGAUGCUAGUGGUGGUUGUUGCUUCAAAUGAUGUGAAGGACUCCAAGGGAAACUUUACAGGUCACUGGAUUUCUAAGGAAAGGGCAUUAUUUAACAUCUUCGACGUUGACGAAGAUGGUUUGGUCACUAAAAAGGAGUUUAUUGAUUUAACAACAAAGCGAGCCGAACAGGUUCUGGUAUCUUGGAGAGCCAAGGCGGUAUAUGGUAUUUUAUCCAAUGUAUAUCAGACAUGGUGGUCUAACGAAAACACUAACUACAAAACGUCCAUAACAUUUGAGGAACUGCUCCCAGCCUUUGAGAAGGAAGUCGGUAAUACAAGUAAGGCACUUGCCCAAGUCUCACAAGAUUGGUUUCACACAUUUGACCUCGACUGCGAUGACAAACUGAAUGUAGAUGAGUAUUCCAAAUUUCUUACCAUCCUUCGCAACACAGCCCCAGUCCAAGACAUCUUUGACGAUAUUGACCGGAAUGGCAGUGGUCAUAUUGAUGGUGAGGAAUUCUUAAACGGAUUUCAGCAUUCAUGGUAUGACAUAAAUGCUGAUCCUGCAGAUUUUAUUUUUGGCUCCCAAAACUGA